GAUAAGAUGUCUGCUGAAAACUUCAAUGAUAAUCCUGACAUAAAUGAUAUUAAGAACUAUGCCAGGUUCACCCCAACAGAGAAUGCAGCCAAGGCAAAGGAGCCCCUGGACCAUUUGAAGAACGUGAUCCUUAACAUCGCAGGGGAGAGAGGGGUGGGAAACUCCACCUUCGUUAAUGCCUUACUUGGACUCAGGGACGAGGGCGAGGGAGCAGCAGAAACUGGAGUGACCAAGACCACCACGAAGGCCAUCAGAUACUCCCACCCUACCAUGCCUAACGUGUACAUCUGGGACCUUCCCAGUAUCGGCACCUCAAACUUUAAAGCCCCAAAAUACCUGAAGGAGGUCCCGUUUGAAACCUAUGACUCCUUCAUCAUCAUCAGCACAAACAGAUUCAAAGAGAACGACAUCAUGCUGGCAAAAGAGAUCCAGAAGAUGAAGAAGAUGUUUUACUUUGUCCGGUCGAAGAUCGACAAUGACAUCCAGGCCGAGGCAUGGAAGAAGAACUUCAGGGAGGAUAAGUUGCUCUUCAAGAUCAGACAGAGCUGCGAGGAGAACCUGAAGAUCAUUGGGAACCCUAAAGUCUUCCUUAUCUCCACCUUUGUUUGAGCUGGGGAAGUAUGAUUUCCAGCAGCUAAUUGACUCCCUGGGGGAACACCUGUCAGAAAACAAGAGGUCUGCCUUAAUCCAGUCUCUGCUGGUUUGCUCCGGGAUCAUGAUUGAAAAUAGGAGGAAGGAGCUUUUCAAAUCUGCCUGCGCUGCAGCUGCUGCUGCCUCCACCACAGCAGUCAUACCCAUCCCGGGCUUCUCAGUGGGCUGUGAGAUUGGUAUUAUGCAGGCCUUCUUCCACAAGGCCUUCAUAGCCUUUGGACUGGAUAAGAAAUCCAGUCUCGCUUCACUGGGGGAGUCGAUGAGAAGAUGGUGGCUAGAAUGCUGCGUACUAAAGCCAUGGUGGCAGCCAAGACUAUCAAGGUUCUGUUGGCUGGCAUACUUUCCUUUGGUAGUAUUGGGGCAAUGGGGGUGGCCUUUGGCACUACACUACACCUUCUGCACGAGGGAAUAAAAGAGAUGGUGGAAGAUGCUAAAGCAGUGCUCAUGGAGGCAGGCGUACAAUGA